CGCACGCCAUGUUCAACCAGCACGCCGAACUCCAACGAGCAGGCAUACAGGCCGGAUAGCCAACAAUUCACCACCCUCGCGGCCUCAUCUUACACAUCGAUCCAAGUCGAUAGCGGCCCAAGGGGUCAAGCAGCAAGCAGCCAUGGCGGAAGUCGGGGGCAUGCUGGCUGCAGCCGUUCUCAAGGCGGCGGCUGGGAAGGUGGCCGCCGCCGCCGGAGAUCGGAUCACGCUGCAGUGGAGAUUCGGCGAGGACCUCGAGGACAUGAGGGACACGCUGGAAUCCAUCGAGGCGGUGCUCGAGGAUGCGGAGAGGCGGUCCGUCGAGGACGCGGCGGUGCGGCUGUGGCUCAAGCGCCUCACCAGAGCCUCCUACGACAUCUCCGACAUUUUCGAUGAGUUCGAUGUCAAUAGCACCAGGGCAUCGUCGUUUUUGCGGAAGUUCAAGGUUCUGAACACAUGUCUCGCACUUGGUUCUGAGGUUGUCAUGGCUGGUAAGAUGAAGAAGGUUAGGGAGAAGCUAGAGAAUAUUUCAAAUCAUCUUCACCAAUUCAGUUUCUCCGUAGGCAGCAGUUCCUAUGGGCAACAAGUUGUUGAUGAACGUGCGACAUUACCAGAGGUAGUAGAAGCAGAGAUCCUAGGAAGGGACCAAGAGAAACAGAAAGUAAUAUCUCUUUCAACAAACCUCGGCAACUCAUCAGAGUUUAUUAUCCUUCCUAUAUAUGGCAUUGGCAAGACAACGCUAGCACAGUUAGUUUUUAGUGAUAUCCAUUUCAAGGACCAUGAGAAAGCAUGGGUAUAUGUCUCCCAAACAUUCGACUUGAAUAAAAGUAUCGGAUCUAUAAGAUCACAAUUUCAAAUACAGCAAAGCCAAGUAACCAACACAGAGGGACCAAAUGUUGAUCCACCUACUCAUAAGAACAUGUUGAUCGUUUUGGAUGACCUAUGGGAGAACAAUGACUUUAAGUUGGAUGCUCUGAAUCAUUCCCUAAACACGAUCGGGAAUGGAUGCAAAGUGUAUGUCAUUGUGACCACUUGGGAUGCUAGCAUUGCUAAAAAAAUUCAAACGACUGAAGCAUACCAAAUAGAGCCCCUAUCAAAUGAGAUUUGCUGGGCUAUAAUUAAACAGAUAGUGAGCUAUGAAGAUAGAGCUGACAAAGAAAGGUUGAAGGACACAGGAAAAGAAAUUGCCGAAAAGUGUGGAGGUGUGGCACUAGCAGCUCGAGCUCUUGGAUACAUGUUGAGAUUCAAGGAUUUUGAUGAAUGGGUUUCAGUAAAAGAUAGUGGCAUUUGGCAUGCAGCUUCAUCAGGAUACCAAACUUCACCGUAUGAUAAUGUGCUUGCAUCUUUGAAAUUAAGCUACAUCAGUAUACUGCCGUACCUAAGGCUAUGCUUCGCCUAUUGUGCAAUCUUUCCAAAGGGCCACAAGAUAGCUAAAGAUGACCUAAUUUAUCAGUGGGUUGCUCUUGAUUUUAUUAAGCCUUCUGACGAAGUCUCCACUUGGCAGCAUGGUGAGAACUGCAUUAAGCAACUAUUGGGGAUGUCCUUCUUGCAGCGUUCAAAGUCACCAUUAUAUGAUGGGCAACACGAUGAAUUGUUCACUAUGCAUGACCUGGUGCAUGACCUGGCAAGAUCGAUCAUGGAGGAUGAAGUUCUUGAUGCUAGCCGAAAGUGCAAUAAUACUGCGGGAAGUAACUGCCGCUACGUGGCAAUUGCAGAUUUCAGGAAGCCAUUGAAUUCUUUUGUGACUUACCCUGACAAGAUUAGAGCCCUUUGUUUACUUGGAAAUAGCGACGAAACCGGACAUGCUGCAGCUAUUUUUUUUUCAACUGCUAAGUACCUGCGAGUCUUGGAUUUGGGAGAUUGUUCCAUACAGAACUUGCCAUCUUCUAUCGGUCACCUGAAGCUGUUGAGGUACCUCAAUGCCCGAGGGAUGAAAGAUCGAACAAUUCCCAGUAGUAUCACCAAGCUCUCAAAAUUAAUUUUCUUCAGCCUUCGUGGAUCUUCUGCAGUUUCAACACUGCCUGAUUCAAUAGGAGAAAUGGAAGGUCUAAUGUAUCUUGAUCUGUCAGGCUGUCAGCAAAUGAGAGAACUGCCAGAAUCAUUUGGGAAUCUCAAAAACUUGGUGCACCUAGACCUUUCAAAUUGCUCUCAAGUUGUGCUUGGGCCAAAAUCCUUUGAGAACCUCACUCUUCUGGAAUAUUUGAACUUAUCAGGUUGUCAACGGUUAGAAGAAUUACCAAGGUCAUUUGAGAACCUUAGAAACCUGGUUCAUCUGGAUUUAUCUAAUUGCAGCCAGGUCAAUGGUAUACCAGCAGCCUUGUGUAGUCUUACCAAUCUCCGACAUCUGAAUCUAUCAAGGGAAUGGAGGCAUUAUAGAAACAGUCGGGCACCUCUGCAAGGGCUGCCUUAUGCAAUCAAAAACCUCAAAGAACUCCGGUAUUUGAAUUUAUCGUCAUGCCUCGAUUGUAUCUGUAACUAUGAACAUUUGGGCGCAUGGGCAGUUAGAGAACUGGAUUAUUACAUUGAUGGUUGCCUUGGCAUUAUCAGUACCCUUUCAAAUCUAGAGCAUCUAGAUUUGUCUCAUAACAGUAUUCUUAAAAUGAUCCGGGUUAGUUUUUGUGGCCUCAGAAAGCUACAUACGCUGGACUUCACUGGUUGCAGUAAUCUACAUAAGCUGCCGGAAAACCUAAGUGAAAUGGACAGCCUUAAGUUUCUAGUGGUCAAGGACUGCACUCCGUACCUGCGAAGGUACGUGCAAAACAUACUGCUGAAGGUGAACAAAGCAGCAAGCUUUGUUUGCUUAAGGAUGCAACUCCUCCUGAGUUGGAGAUAAGUUGCCUUGAAAAUGUGAAGUCCGUAGAAGAGGCACGGGGAAUAAAACUAAGGGAAAAACAAAGUAUGUUAAAAAUGGGACUUCAUUGGACAAGAGGAAAGAAAAGAUUUGUGGAGGACGUGGACUUGUUACGAGAGCUAGAGCCACCAAGCAGCUUAGAAGAGUUUGAGCUACAAGGUUACAACAGUGGGGGCUUUCCAGCAUGGCUGGACACUGCUAUUUGCCUCCCUUAUCUUGUCAAAGUUACAUUAGCGGGCUUGUCCCAGUGCAGUAGCCUGCCACCACUUGGACAGUUACCAAAGCUAGAAUCUCUUGAGCUCAGAUCAAUGUCCAGAAUCAUAAAGAUUGACAGCGGCUUUUGUGGCAAUAGCGUGCAAGCAUUCGCUCGAUUGGUGAGGCUUUACUUAUCUGAUAUGGAAAGCCUGGAAGAGUGGACUAUGGAAUGCUUAACAUCCAGCAGUAUGGGUGUUGCAGUUUAGUUCAUACUAUUUCCCAGCCUAGAGGUCUUGAUAAUUCGUGAAUGCCCCAAGUUGAGGGUGAUCCCAUGGCCACUAACAGUGAAAAGAACCUGGCAGAUAAUAGACAGUGAUGGUGUGCUGUUGCAACGGGGAGAAAGUUCUCCUAACACCUCCGCUGCUAUAGUAGGAUGCUUGAGGGUUGAAUUGUGCAAGGCGCCUAUGCAUCAGUGGAAGCUGCUUCACCAGCUUCAUUCCAUCAAUGAGUUAACUAUUACAAAGUGCGUUGAUUGGAGCAGCUCAUCAUCAGAGAUUGUUGUUGAUGGGAGAUCCCACCUUGGGUCCCUUAAAAAACUUUCGAUGCUCGAUUGCACUCUCAUGUCAUCACUGCCCCCAUGGUUGGGAGACCUCACCUCUCUCCAAACAUUAGAAAUCAUGAAUUGCCAGAGGCUGAAUUAUUUGCCGGAUAGCAUGCGACAUCUCAGCUCUCUCCAGUCGCUAUCUUUGAAUGGUUGCUGGGGCAUCCAAGCACUUGCCAGAUUGGUUGGGUGACCUUGUGUCUCUCAAGAAACUGGACAUCUAUUUUUGCGGGGGCAUUGUGUCUUUGCCUGAGAGCAUAGAACAACUCUCUAGUCUUAAACGAUUAAGAAUUUUGCCUGAGAGCAUAGAGCAUUAUAUAACUGGUGCAAAUUAGACGAGAACAAGAUGAAGAUCGGUCACAUCAAGAAAGUAAUAUCGUUUACAUUGUCAGUCGAAUCUCACACUAAAUAUGUGGAGUAUAAACAAACUCUUUUUUGUCGGGUGCAAGUAUAAACUUACUCAACAAAGCCCUAUGCAAGUAUAAACUAUCAACAAAGUAUUGCACAGUUUGCACAGUAAUAUCUAUACAAAUACAUCUGUACCUAUUUCUAAAGCACGGAACCAAUCCUUCGUGCCUUCUGUCUUUGGUUCGUCCGUCGUGGCCACACCGACACCGACAGAUCCCCGGCACCAUACGGCAGACAAUAGACCGAGUUGGACUCUAACAUCGCCCACACACAUAUA